UUUUCUUGUAGCUUAAUUUAACCAUUUUUAAACAUUUUAGUAUUGUUGGCUUCUGUUUGUUUCACGCUUUUGUUGUUUUAACCAGUCACCAAAUCUUGUUUAUUUUUAGAACUCAUUGGUCUUAUUGAGUUUUUCAAAAAGAAAGAAGCCCUUCAUUGCUUUCAUCCAAAAGCCUUCUCUUCUUCAGCAUAUGACAAGGGAAGUCUCUUGACAUUAUCAGAGAUCAAUCCUAAGUCUUUCCUGUCUCUCCAAACAAACCCUCAAAAACGUUUCCAAUUCAAUCAAGAAAAGGAGUUUUCGGGUUUCAGAGACACAACAAGAAAUGGGGCAGCUUGAAGAGGAGUCAACAAGAAUGAAGGAGCAAUCGACCGCCAAAGAACGAGAUAAAGCGGCUGAUGAGCUCAAAGGGAUGAAGUUGACUCAAGAGGCCAAUAAGAGGUCUAGUCCAAUGGCCUCAGGAAAGGUUGCAGACAUCCAUACAGAACUUGCCGCGGUGAAGGACGCAUUAACUGGUGCAAUUGAAGAAUUGAAGAACAAGGAGAGGUAUAUUGAAUCCUUGAAAAUUGAAGUUGGAAAGGCUAAAGAGUUGGAGGUGAAAUUGGCAGAGAAAGAAGCUUCAUUUUGUAAGUUGAAAGAAGAGUUGAUUAAGGUGCAAUCCUUCGAGUCUGAAGCAAUGGAUUUGUUGUCUGAAGGUAAGAAGAGAAUUCAUGAACUGGAGGAAGAAUUUGAGAAAGGGAAGGAAUCCGAAAAGAAGAUAUAUGAUGCAUUUGUUGCUCAAACCAAAGAGUUUGAGCAAACAAAGGUUUCACUUGAAGAAUCCAGGCAGGAAAUCAAGUCUCUUCUUGAAAAUCUGGAGAAAUUGGAAGGUUCAUCCGAGGCUGCAUCUCAGAGUUCCGUGGGGGAUGACCAUUCUUUGAUCGAUAGCCUUGAGUCUGAGCUUCAAUUGGCAAAAGAGAAUUUGGCUCGUGCUGUGGAGGAUGAGAAAGUUUCUUCAUUAAAGGCCAAGAGUCUAGCUGAGGAGGUGAGCUUGUUGAAAAAUGAACUCAAGUCUACUGCAGAAGCAGAAGAAAACAACAAGAAGGCCAUGGAUGGUUUAGCGUUAGCCUUGAAAGAAGUGAUAACAGAAGCAAACCAAACCAAGGAGAAACUCUCGUCAACAAAAGAUGAGCUUGAGAAAACAAAAGGGGAGGUAGAAAACUUGAAGGUGAAGUUGAAGAACGUUGAGGAAAAGUAUAACGAAGCAAAGAAAGAAGCUGAUCGAUUCAAAAACACUUCUGAGAGACUCAGAUUAGAAGCUGAAGAAACCCUUUUGGCAUGGAACGGGAAAGAGACUGGGUUUGUUCAAUGCAUUAAAAAAGCUGAAUAUGAAAGGAAUGCUGCACAAGAACAGAGCAAAACAUUGCUUGAAUCGCUUAAAGAGGCUGAAAACAUGUACAAUAAGGCCAAAGAAGAGAAUAAAAAAUUGCGGGACAUCGUGAAACAGGCGAUAAAUGAAGCUAGCGUAGCCAAAGAAGCUGCAAGCAUUGCCAGGGAGGAAAAUUCCCAACUCAAAGAUGCCUUAAGCAAAAAGGAUGAAGCUUUAAAUUUCCUUUCCCAAGAGAAUGAAAACCUUAAGAUUAAUGAAGCAGCAGCUUUCGAUAAUAUCAGGGAGUUGAAGCUAUUGUUUUGUGAAGCAACAGCAACAACUACUACAAAGGAGUGGGAAACAGAUGAGCAAGAUCAAGGUAAAAAGCAAAAGCCAUUGAGUUCUGCAGAUAAGGAACAUAAAGAUGAUAAAGAACAUACCAAGAAACCAAAGCAUCAUAAAUCCAGCAGCACUUGUUUGAGUCUUAAAUUCCCGCAUUAUAAACACAAGGAAGCAGAAGAAGAGCCCAAAAUCCCACUCAAAGAAAGUGAUGAAGAUUCAGACUCUGAUUGCUCUGACCCGCUUAGGGGCUCCAUAUUUGAUGUAGCUGAAACUCCAAACGCUGCAGCAGUUGCAACCCAUCAGCGGAAAAAAUCUUCUUCUUUCCUCACAGAUGAUGAAACAAUUAAUGGUGAGGACUUUGAUCAUCUUGAUACAGGCCAUUUCGAUGACGAAGGUGAUAGGAGCACCAGAAAAAAGAGAGCAUUGUUGAGAAGGUUUGGUGAUCUUAUAAGGGGAAGAAGUUUUCCCAAGAAGGAACAACCUUUAGAGUAAUUAAAAUAAGAACAAUGAAAAUCUUUUGUAUGUAUUACUUCAAUUUGUUUAGACACUUGAUUGCAUGAUGUUCACAGUGUAUAAAUUUAUUCAUUUGUUUAUAUUAAUUAUUGUAUAAUUACAUCUUUCAUGAAAUUGAUGACUUAAAGAGUGAAAAAGAAUAUAUUAUUUC